UUGGGUGCGGCCAGUGUACCGGGUGUGAUCUUAAUGAUACUGCUUGUGCCUAUAAACACCUACACGAGUUUACUACAGGGCCGCUACUGGGCUGAACUCGGCAAACAUACGGCCAGUCGGGUGUCCGUUAUUACCGAGAUAUUAAACCACAUAAAAGUGUUGAAGUUAUACGCGUGGGAACAGUGUUUCAUGGAUAAGGUGUCGGCGCUCAGGGACAAGGAAAUAGACAUAUUGACCUGGUUAAUUAAUUCAAGCGUUGUUAACGCCUUUAUGCAUAACUCAAGCAAAAUCGUGGUAUCGAUUCUUAGUUUUACAGCAUUUACGCUAAUCUCUAACCACAAUAUUCUGGACCCGAAUAAGGCAUUUGUCUCCCUAUCGUUGUUCACUAUAAUAGGUUGGGUUUUAUUACUUACGUCUUGUUAG